UUAUAUCAGUGUACUUAAGUGACAAUUCUUCUUUGGAAAACUUUAGGAAGAAACAAAAUCCUGAUAUUUCUAAAUCAAUAAAGUCUUCAAAUCCUAUUUUUCAUACUAACAUGUAUGGAUAUUAUGUUUAAGAAUUCGAAGGUGGCCCACAGAGGGAAUAUUCUUCAUGUGGAGAGAAAGCUUUUUAAACUAGGUACUAAUUCUCAGAGAGCCUGAACGCUCAGUGACUGACUGGUCACUACGAGAACAAGUAAAUCAGUAAGUAGUCAGUGACGGGAUAUGAGACAAGAAUAACUGCCGUCAGAGUUCCGUAGGAUGAGCUGGCUUUCUUUUCCUUCGAUGGAUUCCAUGGCUGGAAGACUGACUACUCUCAUCAGUAGCACCUGGCUUGCCGCUGCCUCUGCCUGCAGGAAUAGAAUGAGCUCCUCCCCCAGUGUCCUUGCAGGCUGAUUCUCCAGGUAUAUAAUCCCUUAAACUGGGCGGAAGGUCUCAGGACUUGGCGAUUUUAUGUUCAUCCCUGUUUCAGUUUUAGGACGGAUCAGUAAGACAUAGUAAUGAGAAAUUUCAGUCAAAGACUAAAACCAUUGUGGAAACCUUUAUGUUGUAAAAGACGGUAUUACCUAGAAGGUUAAGAGUACCUCUCUGGAGCAAGAGUCUCUGGGUUCAAGUUCCACGUGAUGGGGAUCCUAGCUCACCUUGGGGGACUUUCUUAAUUACCACAUGUUUCAGUCUCCUGUCUUGUAAAGAACCAUAAAAGUAGUCCCUACCUCACUGACCCAGUGAGGGGAUUGCGUACGUGCAGAGGGCUCAGAACAUGGCCCCAGGUAACACCUCUUUGUUCGGUGACUCUUCAUUAAUAAUAAUGAUGGUAUAAAAUUAGUAAGGGGCACUACAUGGAGGCAUUCAGGUAUUAAUUCUAAAACAUUGCAUUUGUGUCAGAACUUUGGGGGGAAAUAGAAAAUAGAUUUGAAAAAAUAGGACAGUAAGCCAUAGGUCUUGGGCAGGAUCUUUAAAGAAGUCAGGAGGAGGAGGGUAGCUUAGGCCAGGUGAAGAUGUUGAUGAAGAUGAAGCCACAGCCCGCAUUGGCCAAGUCACCGUCAGGACUGUGUUAAAGGGCUUUGCAUGCGUUACCCCACUUACCUCAAAAUCCCACAGGUAGUUGCUAGUAUUAAUGUACUUCUACUGAUGUGGACACAGAGAUGUGGAGACAUUGAGCAACUUGUCCAGGGUCCAGGCGGUCGGUAGGCUGUUCCUGAGCUGAAAGAGGGUCUCCUCUGAGCUGAAGUCCUGGCUGUGUGGCCGGAGGGUGAAACGUGUAUCGCAGGACCCUCCGUGGCUUCUGCUUUUUCCAGCUCAGCCCCUGAGCAAGGGCUUAGCUGUCGGCUGCUCCCUUACGAUGUUUCCACCUCCUACUUUGGCCAGAAAAGAGAAGGUCAACACUGUCUGCAUUUCCGCGCAUUCUGUGUAACGUACUAGAAAACCUAGAAAACUAGGAAAAGGUUUGGAGUCAGGCAAGCUGCACACCUCUGCGGGGUGACCCCGUUCACAUGCCGGGUCUCCUGACCCCUCGCAGCUGCUCCCCGCAAUUCAGGAGGGGAUUUGUCGUUCCCGUUUUGAGAUAAGAAAACUGGGCUUCAGAGGUGAAUUCGUUGGAUUCAGCGUCCCUCCAGGGAUUCAAGCCCGGCUCUGGGGCAUCGUGAAGCCCGCAUACUUUUUCUUCUCUCCCAAGUGCCCCCCUCUUGGACAGUCCUGGGUUUUGCAACUGCUGACUUAAGGAGAGUCCGUGGACGAGCUGCUAAUGGCUGUGGCCGCUUAGCUCUGACUACAGUUCCAACCACUUAGCUGAGUUCACUUUGUGUGUGCCUGCUGUUUCUUUUAAGACUGUAAUCAGCCCCUGGAAGGACUGGGAAUAGAAGAUGGUUUGGGGGAAAGGCUUCAUUCAGCAUCUUUGUUGGGCUUUUAUUGAAUUAUCCAAACAGCUUGUUUCCACUUCGCUACAGCGAUAUCAUGUCCUUUCCAGCCCUGUCUUCAUCGCUAGGAACUCGUACCUAUGUGGCAGUGAACUUGGCAGCGGGCCGGGCUUCCUUAUUUGCCUGGGCAGAAUGAAGACAUUCAAAUGCUGUUUUAAAUACCCAGCACAGCAGAAAGUUUUCGUCUUAUUUUUAACUCUAUGGCUGUUCUCCCUGUUGAAGCUUCUAAAUGUGAGGAGACUCCUCUUCCCUCAAAGAGGCAUUUACUUGGUUGAAUACUCCCUGAGUACCUCACCUUUUGUAAGAAACAGAUACACCAAUGUUAAGAAUGAAAUCAGGUAUGAAGUUAACUGUUCAGGUGUCUAUGAACAGGCACCUUUGGAAAUUGGCAAGAGUCUGGAAAUAAGAAGGAGAGAAAUCAUCGACUUGGAUGAUGAGGAUGUCGUGGCAAUAACCAGUGAUUGUGACAUUUAUCAGACCCUAAGAAGGUACCAUCAAAAGCCUGUUUCAAGGGAGGAGAGAAGCUUCCCGAUAGCCUAUUCUUUGGUUGUUCAUAAAGACGCAAUUAUGGUUGAAAGACUAAUCCAUGCUAUAUACAACGAGCACAAUAUUUACUGCAUCCAUUAUGACUAUAAGUCACCUGAUACCUUCAAAGUUGCCAUGAACAAUUUAGCUAAGUGCUUCUCCAAUGUUUUCAUUGCCUCCAAAAUAGAGACAGUACAAUAUGCCCACAUUUCCAGACUCCAAGCUGAUUUAAAUUGCUUGUCAGACCUCCUCAAGUCUUCGGUUCAGUGGAAAUAUGUUAUCAAUCUGUGUGGGCAAGAUUUUCCUUUGAAGUCAAACUUCGAAUUAGUGUCAGAGCUGAAGAAGCUCAAUGGGGCAAAUAUGUUAGAAACGGUAAAACCCCCUAACAGUAAAAUGGAAAGAUUCACUUACCACCAUGAACUAAGACAGGUGCCUUAUGAAUAUGUGAAGCUACCAAUAAGGACAAACAUCUCCAAGGAAGCCCCCCCUCAUAACAUUGAGAUAUUUGUUGGAAGUGCUUAUUUUGUUUUAAGUCGAGCGUUUGUUAAAUACAUUUUCAACAACUCCCUCGUUAAGGACUUUUUUGCCUGGUCUAAAGAUACGUACUCACCUGAUGAACAUUUUUGGGCUACCUUAAUUCGGGUACCAGGAAUACCUGGGGAGAUUUCUAGGUCAGCCCAGGACGUGUCUGACUUACAGAGUAAGACCCGCCUUGUCAAAUGGAAUUAUCAUGAAGGCCUUUUGUAUCCCCGUUGUACUGGCUCCCACCUUCGAAGUGUGUGUAUCUACGGAGCAGCGGAAUUAAGGUGGCUUAUAAAUGAUGGACAUUGGUUUGCUAAUAAAUUUGAUUCUAAGGUGGACCCUGUCUUGAUUAAAUGCCUGGCAGAAAAGCUUGAAGAACAGCAGAGAGAAUGGAUUACUUUGUCUUCAAAAAAGUUAUUCAUGGCUAAAAGUCCCAUAAUCACAUCAUGAUAAAAUCAUGACAGAAAGAAGCUAUCUGAUAAAUGGAGCUAAUAUGGAACUGUGUGCUAUACUAUGCCCACUACCACGUGAGCUUAACCUUCUCAUAGUUGGAGAGGUGUCCAAAAUUCCACACAUAAGGCAAAAUGACCUAGGCUUUGAUGACAAUAAGACUGCACUUGGUCGGGUGAUCUUUAUGUUUGUUUUUCCUUGUAAUCUUAUGGAGCUAAAUCAGAGAUCGAGUCAUAUGAUGCCCUCAAGGCUUACCCUAAUCACACUUAAUACUUUAAGUUUUCCACAUAGCCAUCAGGAUUCUACCGAAAAGGUGUUGGCGUGUGC